ACCUGAGGUCAGGAGUUCAAGAGUAGCCUGUUCAACGUGGUGAAACCCCAUCUCUACUAAAAAUACAAAAGUUAGCCAGGCAUGAAGGUGUGCGUCUGUAAUCCCAGCUACUUGGGAGGCUGAGCCAGGAGAAUCGCUUCAACCCAGGAGGCAGAGGUUGCAGUGAGCUGAGAUUGCGGCACUGCGCUCCAGCCUGGGCAACAGAGCAAGACAUUGUCUUAGAAAAAAAAGCAGCUGGCAUUGCUAGACUCAACUCCCCGUCCUUCCCAUUCAUCGGAGUCCACUGACCCCUGCCUGGGCCUGCUUCCUUCAUGCUGUUUCCAAGAGACACGCAUCAUCACCCUCUUUUCUGUUCUUUAGUCAUCAAUACCCGCCCCCCAGUCUCCUCCUCCUCCAUCUCCCCCUCCAGAGGUUUGGCCCAAACAAGGCUGCUGAGUAACUCCCCUGAUUAAACCAUUGCGUGGUUGUCAGCAGCAGCACCGGGGAGGUCAAGGAGUUAUCCAGGGACCUUCUUCCCAGCUCCCUAGGAGUGAGCGCCCUCUGUGCAGCGCCCCCACCCAUCUUCCUAACAGGAGUUCUGAGCAGUCACCCCACACGGGACAAAAGUUCCUGGGAAAGGAGGCUCUCCGGGCUGAAAACUGAGCUAGCGGGCAAGAAUCGGCUGCAUCGGGGGCCUGGGAGGAGUUCUGCUUCCAGUCUAUCUCUGGUGCCCCCUGCUGGAAAAAGCUGGGUGCAGGAAACAGGGACACUUGCACGCGGGGAAUCUGGCUGGGGCUGUAGGUCUCAAACGGGACAUCUGAGGCGUGAGAUGAAUUCAUAUCAAAGCCGACCCUGGAAGGACGAGGAAGAGCCAGUCACCUAAAAAGCUCCAGCUGUGGGACCUCGAAGAGCGCUUCGUAAAGGGCUUCUUCUCUGCUCGGCACCCCAAGGAAGCUGAGGAGAGGUCUUUGCUCUGGAUGAGGCAGGGGGCGAGGAGGAGGAGGUUCUGAGACCUUUUGCUCAUGCCCUCUCUGCCUGCGCUGCCUCCGUCAUGCUCCUGUUGGGGCCAUCUCCUGUUUUCCUUUGAGUCGGAGAUAUUGCACACAGAGCAGAAGGAUCUGAUCUGACUGUUGGCUCAUCUGCACUGCCGGCCCCCGAGCCUCGUCCCAUUUCAGUGACAAGAUGUGCCAGGAGGAACAGACCAGCUACAUGGUGGUGCAGACGAGCGAGGAGGGGCUGGCGGCCGACGCCGAGCUCCCGGGACCGCUCCUGAUGCUGGCCCAGAACUGUGCAGUCAUGCACAAUCUGCUGGGCCCUGCCUGCAUUUUCCUGCGCAAGGGCUUCGCUGAGAACAGGCAGCCUGAUAGAUCACUGCGACCAGAGGAAAUUGAAGAGCUCCGAGAGGCCUUCAGAGAAUUCGACAAGGACAAGGAUGGCUACAUCAACUGCCGGGACCUGGGCAACUGCAUGCGCACCAUGGGCUACAUGCCCACCGAGAUGGAGCUCAUCGAACUGUCCCAGCAGAUCAACAUGAACCUGGGUGGCCAUGUAGAUUUUGAUGACUUCGUGGAGCUAAUGGGGCCUAAACUCCUGGCAGAGACAGCAGAUAUGAUUGGUGUAAAGGAACUGCGAGAUGCUUUCCGAGAGUUUGACACCAACGGUGAUGGGGAAAUAAGCACCAGUGAGCUGCGAGAGGCUAUGAGGAAGCUCCUGGGUCAUCAGGUGGGACACCGAGACAUAGAGGAAAUUAUCCGAGAUGUGGACCUCAAUGGGGAUGGACGAGUGGACUUUGAAGAGUUUGUCCGGAUGAUGUCCCGCUGAGGCCGCGAGGGCCCCUCCAGAACUGCCAAGCUCCCAAAGGCGGGGCGAAGAGGAGCCAGAGCUUGCCUCACCCGCUGUAGCCGCCGAGAGCCCAGGAUGUACUGGCAGAUGGGGCCUGCCUGCACCCCGGGGAGGCGCCCACCCCGGACCCCCACCCCUCUGCACUGUGAAAGACUAACUCCUGCAACUGGAAAGCGGGGGUACCCGCUGACGAGGAGGCCACCGUGCCAAGCCGGCAGAGGUCAUGCCAGGCGCCAAGGGCCAUGUGCCCAGCUGCUGCUGGCUGGGUGGGCCAGGGAGCCCGCCAGCAGACCCCACACAGCAUGUCCGCCCCAGGGCAAAGCCUCCCACCUUCGCUCUGCGCCCGUCCCAGCUCGCCUCAGCCCUGUUAUCUCAGAACCAAUAAAAAUAUUUCCAGGAGCAA